GGGCCCCGGCCGCUGUCCAGCCGCUCCGUGCCCCUCGCGCCCGCUGCCUACGCCUCUCGGGGAGACGCUGCCACUCGCUCGCCAUGGAUACCCCCAGGGUCCUGCUCUCGGCCGUCUUCCUCAUCAGUUUCCUGUGGGAUUUGCCCGGUUUCCAGCAAGCUUCCAUCUCAUCCUCCUCGUCGUCCGCCGAGCUGGACUCCGCCAAGGGAAUGCGAAGCCGCAAGGAAGGGAAGAUGCCGCGGGCGCCGCGAGAGAGUGCCACGGCCCAGGCGCCCCCGGAGCGCCAGGAGCCACAGCCGAGGCCACAGGAGGAGCCCCGGCGGCGGCCGCCACAGCAGCCAGAGACUCAAGAGCCUCCCGGCAGGGGCCCGCGCGUGGUGCCCCACGAGUACAUGCUGUCAAUCUACAGGACUUACUCCAUCGCCGAGAAGCUGGGCAUCAAUGCCAGCUUUUUCCAGUCUUCCAAGUCGGCUAAUACGAUCACUAGCUUUGUAGACAGGGGACUAGACGAUCUCUCGCACACUCCUCUCCGGAGACAGAAGUAUUUGUUUGAUGUGUCCACGCUCUCAGACAAAGAAGAGCUGGUGGGCGCGGAAUUGCGGCUCUUUCGCCAGGCGCCCGCUGCGCCGGGGGGGCCGCCGGCCGGGCCUCUGCACGUGCAGCUCUUCCCCUGCCUGUCGCCCCUGCUGCUGGACGCGCGGACCCUGGACCCGCAGGGGGCGCCCCGGGCCGGCUGGGAAGUCUUCGACGUGUGGCAGGGCCUGCGCCACCAGCCCCGGAAGCAGCUGUGCUUGGAGCUGCGGGCCGCGUGGGGCGAGCCGGGAGCCGGGGAGGCCGAGGCGCGCGUGCCGGGGCCCCAGCAGCCGCCGUCCCCGGACCUGCGGAGUCUGGGCUUCGGCCGGAGGGUGCGGACCCCCCAGGAGCGCGCCCUGCUUGUCGUGUUCACCAGAUCCCAGCGCAAGAACCUGUUCGCGGAGAUGCGCGAACAGCUGGGCUCGGCCGAGGUUGCGGGCCCGGGCGCCGAGGGGUCGUGGCCGCCGCCGUCGGGUACCCCGGACGCCGGGCCUUGGCUGCCCUCGCCCGGCCGGCGGCGGCGGCGCACGGCCUUCGCCAGCCGCCACGGCAAGCGGCACGGCAAGAAGUCGAGGCUGCGCUGCAGCAAGAAGCCCCUGCACGUGAACUUCAAGGAACUGGGCUGGGACGACUGGAUUAUCGCGCCCCUGGAGUACGAGGCCUACCACUGCGAGGGCGUGUGCGACUUCCCGCUGCGCUCGCACCUGGAGCCCACCAACCAUGCCAUCAUCCAGACGCUGAUGAACUCCAUGGACCCCGGCUCCACACCGCCCAGCUGCUGCGUGCCCACCAAAUUGACUCCCAUCAGUAUCCUGUACAUCGACGCGGGCAAUAACGUGGUCUACAAGCAGUACGAGGACAUGGUGGUGGAGUCCUGCGGCUGCAGGUAGCGGCGCCUUCCCUGCCGCCUGGGCCCGGGACCGCAGGGGAGGCCUGACUGCAGAGAGGCGGAGGAGGAGCUGGCCUUGGACGAGGCAGGGAGAGGGGAUCAGCCUGGACUUUUCAGCCGGGUGGGAGACGAGGGCGUUCCGCCCUCCCAGAGCCUUCCACCUGCCAGCCCAGAGGGAGAGACGGAUUUUUCACACCUUGCCUGGAAAAACAAGCCAAGGAGGAUUUCUUUUAGUUUUUGUCUCUGUUAUUGUGGCUAUGGAUCUCCUUGUGUGCCCCCACAGGUUUUGACGGGAGAUGGGGGCAGGGGAGACACAUACACGUUUCUCAAUUGUUCCGCGGAUUGAAAAAAAAAAAAAAAUCAUGGUUUAAGAAGGGAAACUGAGGGAGGAAGAAUCACCUUUGACCACAGCUGGGUCUGAUUGUGUAAAGAAGCUGGGGUCUUUCCGGCCAGGUCCUAGCCCGCUCCUUGCGACCUCUCCAGCAGAAAGUGUUAAGGUAGAGGAAGAGCAAGCCCGGGAGGGUGGGCCCGAGCAAACCUUUAUCGCUGGAUGGUAGACCCAGCUCUGCCCUGGCCUCUGCCUGAAGAGGGAAGCGGCAACCUGCAUCUCACUCCAGGGGGCUCAGGUCACUGCCUUCACUAUUGCUUUUUCUGGGGGAAAGGGGAGCUGGUAUGGAUGGAAUGACAAGAAUGAGUCCAAAUGGAACCCCCUGAAGGAUAAUGAGAAACCACAAGGCUGGCCUCCACGGGCUGACAAAGAGGUGCCUUAACCCAGGCUAGAGGUAACCCGUGGAAAGGCCCUUCUUUUUCUCAUUGAUUUCUUGGAAUGGAAUUUGCCAAAAUUCAGAUAUCCCCCUUAAAGUGGAAGAUGAUUUCCCACCUAAACAAAAAAUGGGUAGGGGUGGGGAACUAUAGAACUAAGGUGAGAGGUGCAGAGAAUGGGAAAGUGAGCCAAGAAAAGGAAGGGUGAGGUCAGGAGGGGAGGGACCCCCUCCCCCCUUCACCCUCCCCCUCCUCCCUCCCCCAAGGAUGGGGAUUGAGGUGCAGGCCAGGAGCAGGGAGGAGAGGGAUUAAAGGAGACCCAAGUACUUGUCUCCGAAGUUUCUUUAAAAUCUCUGUACCCUCCCCUCUCGCUGACAUUCCUGAAAGAUUACCAGCCAGCAAUAGCCCAGGGCUCCCCCCAAAGAAUUGCUUCAGAUUGUAAUUACCAGUUAGGCAAUGUUUUUAAAACAGUAAUGAGAAACUGAAAAGAGCAAAGUGUUACAUUGAGCUUGGGGUGGGAGAUGGGGACUGGGUGUCGGGGAAGGAGGCAGGGAUGGAAUUCAUCUUCCGGAAGCAGGAGAGAGCACAGCCUAAGUUAGAUACCCAUCCCCAGACUGAGGUGAGAACAGGACUUUUCCCCCAGCCGGCACCAGUAUUAUUUUCAAACGUGGCCCAUAAGUAGGCCCUUUGAAGAGUUAGCUUCCUUCUCAUCGCUGACCAUGAAAUGGUUUAAACAUGGGAACCAGUACCAACCAUUACAAAAACGUUUUGUUUUUCCUAAGUGGUUUUGCUCUCUCUUGAUCUAAACCGGUUGCUUGUUUGGUUCGGAGAACUACAAACUGUCCACGAAAGGGUGAGAAUGAUAAUAAAUGCUAAUAUAAAAUGCUAAGUAAAAUGAAAAAAGACUUGGCCAGGAAAAAUAAUUUAAAAUGCACAUUUGCUUUGGAUGCACUGUUGUUCUGUUAAGGCUGUAUAUAUUUGUUUAUUUAAGGUGACUGAAAGUGCAAAGAAGAAAUGGACACCAUGCAAUUCAUCUUAAUGUACAAAACGUUAUAUGCACUCAAAUGUUAUAAUUUCUAAUAUUUUUAAAGUUUAUAUUCGAGUUGUACAAAGUUAAGCAUUAAUCAGAUAUUUCAUUCUUUCAUAAUGUUAUCAUUUUCUUAAAUAUUAUUACAAAACUUUAAGUCUGUCUAAUGGAGAGUUUUUUUUUUUUUAAAAAACUGUCUACCUCACUAUAAUACAAGCAUUUACAACCUCAAAUUACCAGAGGUCAAUUAAUAUUCAAAACAUUUUUUACAGCACACUUUUCCUGGAUGAUACUCGAUCAAAGACUGUACUAUU